UACAUUCCUCUUCCAAUAAUGUUGCAUUCUAUUUACAAAAAUACACAACAUCUUAUUGUAAAGAUUGUCAUAUAACAAAGCCUUUUAAAAUAAAAAUCACGUGUUUUUAUUAUUUUUAUAAUUAAAAAAAUCAUUAAAAAUUAAACAAUACAUUCUAACAAAAUUUAUUUUUACAAUCCUUUUUUACAUGCAAAUAUGACAAUUGAUAUUGGGUUUACAAAAAAGAAGAAAAUUGUAUGCAGUUUCCAAUAUCAAAUGUUACCUCAAACAUAACAUCACAUAAAUUUUACUAAUAUAAACUUUAAAGGCUCAAUCCUGUUCAUAGCAGAAUGCAUCAAAGUGAAGAUUCAUGUUCCAAAUGCCAAAGAUCACACGUAUAAUUUAAAAACUUGCUUUCUUUGAUAACAAAGAAUCCAAACUUGGAAAAAGGUGAUAAAUAUUGAAAGCAUGAUCAAUAGGGUUUUGAACACAAAACUAAUGGCAAUUGAUUCUACCAUAGAAAAUGACAAUCUUAUCAACAAAGAACGCAAAUUAUCUGCCUAUGAGGUUGAAGCAGAAAUUCGAAGAUCUAUGCUCCAAGUUGCACGCAAAUCCAUGUCUGAAGCACUUUCUUCUUCCAAAAUUCAAAAAAAGAAAAAAAGAUUAACUGAUAUUCCAAUUGCAAAAAAUAACAUUAAAAAUGUUGAUUCCAUUCAAGAGGAUGAGGCAUCCACUCAUUCCGAAUUGGAAGAAAAUCAACAACUAUUACAAGAAAAACCUACAAAGAUCGAAUGUGAUCCAUUGCAAAGAUUACAUCUAAUUGGUUUUUUUAAAGGUCUUCUUGAUCGUAUCUCACUCCUUAUGCAACUUCCUGGUGCUCUAAAGAUUGCAGAUAGCCAAAUCGACAUUCAGCAUCUUCCUGAAGGGAAAAAAAUCUUGGAAGCAAAAAAUAAAAUUCUUGCGGCUGCUAAUUUAAUUAAGUAUACAUUACCACAUCCUAUUGCAGUAUCAAAAUUUCAAAUUGAAGCAAAAUGGCUUAAGUCCAUUUUUGAAAAGGCCUUAGAUGAGGUGGAGAAAAAUUCUUCAUUUGAAGUCAUAAACAAGACUGUGGAAGACAAUGAGAAAAGGGAGAAUGAGCUAUUGCAAGCCAUAGAGGCUAUCAAAGAUUUGAAAUGGAAGACAGAAGUUACAAAAUAUGUCAUGAAAGCUGAAGCAGAGGCUCAUGUUCAGAAUAAAUUAGAAUGGGCCAAAAAUUUGACUACACAUAAGAAGGAACUCACAGAAAUGCGCAAAGAGCAAAGAAUUGCUUACAAAUUCAAGGCGGAGCAAGCAUUAGCAACCGCAGACAUUGCACGACGUGAUCGUGAGAUAAAGCUCACCAAAGCUCAAGCAACAAACUCUCAAUUAAAUUCCAACUUAGAAAGAGAGAAGAAAGUGCACACAGCAAUUGUGGAUUACAUGGGGAAACAAAACACUUUGUUGCGUGAAGAAGUCAUUAAUCUCACAGCAAGCCUUGAGAAUGAUACCCAAUGCAUGAUAUGGGCCAUUGAACACAUUAAUGCACAAAUUAAAAUGAAGAAAGCCCAAAUUGCCAACAUAGAGCCCAAGUAUUUUAAAGAGAUUGAAAUUAUAGCAAAGGCCAAAGCAGAUGCUAAUAAAAGACAUGAGGAAUGGUAUGCAAACCAAGGAUACAAUGAACUAAGUUUGAAGGCAGCAUUUAAGAUUCAAAAGAUAUGGAGGGGGUAUCUUGUUCGCCGCAUUUGGCGCAAAGCUCUUAAGAAACUGCGCAAAAAGAGGUUAGCUGCAGCAAAAGGAAGUAAGAAGAAUCAGGCGAAGAAGACCAAAUAAUAAUAAUAAUAAUAGUAAUAGAAUGAAGACAAGCAAUUGCAUUUGCUAUGUCUAUGUCAUUGUUUGAGGAUUUUCCACUUGAUAUGAAAGAGUAAUCUUUUCCGAAGACAUCAAAAGAUGGGGUAUUUUUUGAGGGGCUUUUUUUAUCAGAAAAAUAUUGGUGGUAAAAAAAAUGACAUUUGGAUUUCAUUAAGUUGAUUAUCUUGAAAAAAUCACACUAUUUAAGAAAAAAAUAAAUUAAAGAUUUAAGUUAAAAAUAAAAAGGUGUUAUAAUUUUAAAUUUUUAUAUACUUGCAUAUUAAUCAAAGGAAUUUUUUCACAUAUUCUAUUUCUAAAAACUAGAUGAAAAGGAAAAGAUAAUUCUUAUGUGCAUGUGUGAAUUAAAAAUAUUGUUAAUUCAAAUUUGGAUGGUUGCAUAAGAAGUAGAAACAUUUUGAUGACAACAGGCGAGUGAAUGUGAUGAAACUUAAAUCAAAAUAAAUUAUUAAAAAGUUGAUAAGUUGGUAUUUAUUCUUAUUCUUGCAUUCAUUAAGAUAUGUUAUUAUCAAUAAAAUUAUACCAUGUAAUUAAAAGGAGUAAAGAAACUAUUUUUUAUUAUUAUAAUCAUCAAAUCAAAAAGUGAUAUUAUUUAUGUAUUUCCAAAUCUUCUUUUUUGUAUAUGUAUAUACACUCACAUCAUAAAACAUUGAAGCAUUUAUCAAAAAUAUUAGUACCUAACAAUUGUAAAAUG